UGCGCUUCUCCAGAUGCCAGUCCCACGCAUGUGAUAUCCAACAAAAAAAGCACUUGCCGGGAUUAAGGCAGCGAAGCCAAAGGACUAAUCUAGGCUCCAAGUGAAUACCUAGCCAUGGCAAGCAAAAAUUCAAAGUCUCGUCUGCAUGAGAGAAAGAAAAGCACAAGCCCUACAGCCUAGCCAUGUACAUUCGUUGGCCGCCAUGAGAUACAAAGGCCGCAUCCCGAGUGUCUCCCAUCGAGGUCCGGCCGUGGCCUAGUCAGCAACCGGCAUGGUCAUCCCACCCGUCGAUGCGGAAUCGGAACGUGACGUCGCCCCGGCCUCGCUCGACUGGGCUGCCGUAGUCGUCCCACAGGGACCGCUCGGUGUAGCGCACGUUGCCGUCCCAGUCGACCAGGAUAAUGGUCUGCCGCUGGGUGCCGUAGAGCCCGGUCGAGAAGCCCAUGAGCUGGUCCUGGGCGGAGGGCUGGUGGUGCACGACCGGGGUGGUCUCGGCCUUGGCCGCCACGGGCGUCAGCGGGCGCUCCUUGGACGCCGGCGCCGUCAGCCCUGA